GGGGCGAAGCCCUCGCGGAUCAGAAAUCUUCGAGUCAUCCACGAGCGAGGCUAUUUAUUCGUAGCCCCAAAGCAGACCACUAAGGAAGAGCUUCGCUUGGAGCGACAUAGAUUUUGUUCGAAAAAGAGAAAGGCAUCUGCACGCGAACACCGAGCUUUUGGAACAUCGAUUUUGUUCGAACAUAUUGUUGUUUGUUGACUGGCAGCUCCGGGUCGUGCACCCUGAGCAUCUUGUUGCCUUCCCGUCUCUCCUCGUCCGAGUCUCCUAGACCCAAACCCAGGGUUCGCAGGUUCUGCAGACGAUCACCAAGCCCUUGCACGUUUAGCAAAAGAAUGGCAGCUCUUGGAGAAUUGUCGCCAAAGUCGCGAGCUGAUCAGGCAGCAGAACGCCGCUCAAGAUUGCUGAGGUAACGAACAUAAUUUUUAAAAACGUAUUACUUUGCUAAGAUUCUAACACCAACAAGGCAACAAGGAUUGCAGGCGGGGCCACAUCACUGCUGCCUUUGCGGGCCGACGGGCGUGCCGCACACUAAUGACAGCAAAUAGAGUGGAUUUUGUGUUCUCACAAAAACACAAGCAUACUACCACAAACGCGCUCCUUGUCCUCACAGAAACAUUACAUUCUCACACAAACACUUCUUGAGCAUACUAACCCAUGAAGCAUACACUCUACCCCACGCCUACAUACUACCACACACAUACACACUAACACAAACGUACUACAACUUCCCUUGCUUCUCACAGAAACAUCCAGCCACUUCUACAUGCUAGUAACCCAAAAUGAAAAAUGCAAAACGAAAACAGGAAGAAGCGUCUUGCGGGUACUAUGAAACUGCCGAGUGCGGAACUGAGAAAGGACGCAGGCAACGACGCUUUUCAGAAUGGAGACUUUGAGAUGGCGGUUAUACAGUAUACGAAAGCCCUCCAGCUCCUCACGGACGAAGACGUGGCUCAAGCGGCGGAAAAAAUAUGGGCUUGAUAGUGAUAGAGGAUUCAUCCUAUAGACACCACUACUCUGAUGAAUAAUUUUGUCUUGUCAUAGAAAUUACAGUAUUUAAUUUCUACAAGUGACGAAGCUUUUUCCAUUUGUAUUAGUCAAAGGUAGUUCAUCUUGAAGAUGUAGACGCUAGAGGUAGUGGUCUGAGCACAGCUUGCUAUUAUUGAUAGUAAAAGCUUCAUCUUGAAGAUGUAGACACUAAAUAAAAGUGGUGUACAUGAUAGUACAAAAGUUUCAUCUUUCCUAGACGCAAAAAAAAAAAAAAAACUUGUAAUUUCCGUUGUAAUACAACAGUAUUUCACUUCCACAAGGGAUUCCUUUUUCAUGAUAAGAGGCGCAGGACCAGCAGCAAGCUGAAAAAUGCAACGAUGGCUCUGCUGCUGCGGUAACUGAGGAUGCGGCUACCGAGCCUGUGAAGCCUGAUAGAGGAUUAUGGCUGGAUAAAUUUUUAUCCAUCUCGGAAACGAACUUCUUUGCUUCCUGAGGCUUUCUAGGUUCUUCUACACGGAUUUUCAUAAUACCAUGGAAAGCACGGCUCUUCUACACGGAUUUUCAUGAUACCAUGGAAAGCACGGCUCUUCUACACGGAUUUUCAUGAUACCAUCCACACUUCCUCUACCAAUAGCUUCCCUUCCUCCCCUUACUGGGUUCCUUCCGAUUCGUAUCAUUGAUUCACGGUUCUCUUCUUCAUGGUGAGCGGCCGCUGCGAAAAAGAUUAUGAUGAGUGAAUGUCUAUUUUCUCCUGAUGGCAGACAAAAGGACACUCACCACGUGUUCUAAACACAACCAGAGAAAUCACUUUGCUGCCGUCUAAAACUGAGAAGAAGACCACCUCAAAACAACCAGAGAAGUCGCUCUUGCUCUACUUCAACCAUGUCUAAGAAUACAGAGUCUUCCUAUCUUGGAAGUACUUAAAAUUCUUAAGGUCGUGCACUCUAAUGUUAACAAGAAGAAAAGGAAAACCCGUCACUCUUAAGGUCGUGGAGUACUCUAAUGUUAACAAGAAGAAAACCAAAAGGAGUACCACAGAUGCAGAUGCAGACGAUCGUUUGCGGGCUGCGCUGUACAGCAACCGGUCAGCGGCGUAUGCGAAAUUAUCGGAACUUGAGUUCGCGGUCCGCGAUGGACAGUUAGCUGUUCUCCAUCAUCCACGAUUCCUGAAAGCACACGCGCGAAAAGGCUCUGCACUUUUUCAGAUGGGACUUAUGAUGUCGGUGGAGAAAGCGAAAAGAUUUGAUAAGCUGGUGCUCAUAAAAUUUGAUAAUUCAGCAGAACAGGGAGGACUAGGUUUUUUUGUAGAGAUCUAGCGUAAAAUCCAUUUGUUAGAAGUGUGUGAUACUAAGUAUGCUCAUGAAUAUAAAAAUAUUAAUGUUGUUGUCCCUGGAACUGAGAGUAACUGCUCAUGGUCAUAUAAAUCACCCUUCAUUCCUAGUACCAAAGAAGCGCGUGAGGCUUAUCAGUACGGCCUCGAAUUCUGUUGUGGUGAUUCGGAAGGUGAUGCGGCAGCCGCAGCCGCACUACAGAACGGAAUUGACGAAUGCGAUAACUUACUCAAUAUUAGGUCUUGGGCUAUGAUCAAUGCCUCACUUACUUCAAACUGAAAUCAGAAUCCUUAUUGCAGUUGAAGUCACUAUUAUCAGCGGUUGAAAUCAGAAUUCUUAUUGCAGUAGUUGAAGUCAGAAUCCUGAUUACUUCAACUUGAAUCCUUAUUUCAUUCAAACUGCAAAUCAGGAUCACAUAGGACACCUCUUCAUCUAAUUAGUGUGUUUUGCGAUGCAAAUCAGAAUCACAUAGGACACCUCUUCAUCUAAUUAGUGUGUUUUGGAUCGCAAUGCCUCUGAGAUAUUGUCGGGACAGAAACCCUUAUGGCGCUACUUGCGGCAGUGCGUAAAUCCUUUGGACCUGCCCGUGCGGCAGUAUAUGGUUUACGUCGUCCUCGUUUUCGGUUGCGUGCUAAGUUUGGUUGCCAGGGUUUAAUCCAGAGAAGGGGCUGAACAGAACUUGGUAAACAGGAGUCGUGGUCAAGAACUUGAUGCAUUCUUCAUGCGGGUGUACAGUAUCCCGACUGGUGGCCAGAAACUUUUUCUGAAAGCUCCAAAUCCAAAUCCAAAUAUAGAAGGAUGAAUGCUUGUCAUCCUGUCCGGAUGUCACUUUCCCCGCAUCACGAAAGUGGUAUUGUCAAUAGUUAUCGCGCCUUUGAUGCGUUAGGCCGUAAUUUGUACUCAGCAUUUAAGACUUCGAAGAAAAGAAAUUAAUAUGGCAACAUCGGA